GAACGGCAAUGCCAACCUAGGUAAAGAACUUAACUCAAUUCAACUGAGACUUUGCUGUCUCCUUGACGAUUAGGUCUUCAUAGCUGAAAGUCUGAACUAUGUGGCGUCAAGAGCAACUGGCAUUGGAAUUCAGAGCGCGAGGCCUAAGCUCGAAUGCACAGAGACCAGGGAGGGGUUAGCGUUGAGUGAAAAAAUCAGGAUUGCUAAGACCAGGCUUCGGGAUGCUAGCUUGGGCUAUCAAAAUGAUAUAAGAACGCUACGGAUGCUCAACAGAUUUCUCAUCAACCGAGCGAUUGGCAGGCCGAGGGAUAAUCCGGAAUUAGAUACACCAGAGUUCUUGUAUCGCGCCUUCAAAGGUGGAUGCCAUGGCCGCCAUAGCCCAGAGCUAGGCUUCCGUUCUUCCAACCAGCCUCUGACGUCUCCUUCUUAUCACGAUGGCACUCUUCUCGACAGCUCGCUGGUGGACAAAGAUGCUUUGAGAAAUCAAUGCGAGGGAAGUCAGCCGUCGGACCUCAUCGCACUAUCCGCCAGUCCGUCAAGAGUCUUAAAGAUACUUCGAAAAUGGGGCUACCAUGACAGAGCAGGAGAUAUGAUUGCCGUAAUCAAUGUCUCAAAGCUCCUCGCGAUGGGGGUUCUCUUUAAUCGCACCACUACAUUAGCCAAGUCACUUGGCAUGAAUCUUCGGACAGAAUGCCAGCUGACUGGUUUGCAGUUUGCAAAUCCCAAUUACUGGGUUGCCUACAGAUGGAUUCCAGCUGAGUGUAUUGAACUUUAUAUCUCCGAGCCUUUUCUUCAGGAAGCCUGCGAUAGUCGUGGUAUUGGUGAAAAUGAUCAUAAUUCACAAUUCGCGUUGGACGAUAUCUUAUCAUUUCAAAUUCAGCCGCUUUCCAUAUGACCGAAUCCACGAAAGUCAAUACAGAAAUAACCUAGGUGGGGACUAUGUUAGUUGGUACGAAUCAUGGCUAGACAUAACAGUCCUCAAAGUCUGCCGUUAGUUCAUUAUUGCGGAAU